AUGAAAGCCGCAUCGCCUGCCCCCUAUCCCAUCAACACAGGUUCUCAAGCCGUUCACGAGAAAGCUCCGUGGAUUAAAUCAAUCCUUCUGGCCGGGCCACAGGGAACAGGGAAACGGAUGUUGGUGAAUGCGAUUUGCACGGAAACUGGGGCUAAUCUGUUUGACCUGUCAGCCGACAAUCUGGUUGGCAAGUAUCCGGGCAAAGACGGAUUGAGAAUGCUCGUACACAUGGUGUUCAAAGUUGCUCGACUGUUGCAACCGUCCGUGAUCAUGAUCAAUGAUUGUGAGAAGAUGAUGAAAAAGAAAAUUCCAAAGACUGAUCUGGUAAAUUCAAAAUCAAAUGGAUAUGAAUUGUGUAUAGAUAUCGUGUUUUUUGCUGUCUUUCACAUGGAAUUAUUCCACAUAAUAAUGCCCUGA